AUGUCUGUUCAAUACCCCCUCAAAGGCAAAAUCGCCCUCGUAACCGGUGCUUCCUCAGGCAUAGGCCACGCAAUCGCCAAACGCUUCGCCCAAGAAGGCGCCAAAGUCAUCAUGGCCUCCCGCAAAGCCGGCGUAAAGCCCAAGUUCGACCGCAGGCUCGUCGUAGGCUUCAACAAUCCCACCCUCCACGUCCCCUACCACAUGAACAUAACAGUCAAAGAACACUGGGAAACCCUCCUAAAACGUCACCCCAAAAUCGACAUCCUCAUCAACUCAGCCGGCAUCUCCCAAACCAAACUCCUCCUUCACACUGGCAAGUUUGAAAUCGACGAGCUCCUCUCCACCAACCUCCUCGGCACAAUCCUCGGCUGCAAGUACAUCGGCAAGUCCAUGAUCGCCCACACAACCGCGGCCCGCCGCUCAGCCAAAGCCGCCGCCGCCGCCCACUGGGAGUCCAAACUCUCUUCUCCCUCAACUCCAUCAUCAUCUGAACCAGUCCAAGAAAUUGACAUCACCACCGAACAAGCCGAGCUCCCCCAAAGUCAAAAACUCACCCCAGAAGAAGAGGAGGACGAAGAAACAACCCCCAUCACCCCCGAAUCCCCCCAGCUCCACCCAGGAAGCUACAGAACUGGCUCCCAGGGCGUCAUCAUCAACAUCGCUUCCUUGCUGGCAACAAAAGCAAUCACAGGCAGCGCAGUCUACGCCGCCACCAAAGCCGGGGUUUUGGGAUUGACAAAUACUCUAGCAAUGGAGUACGGACAGUCGGGUAUUCCUCUGUGA